CUGGGUCCGGCUUGUUCACGAUGCAUUUCCACGCUACCUGGAUCGGUCUACUCACUGCUCUCCCCUCGGUCUGGGGCUUCGGGCCAAUCGACGAUACCGAGACUGCCGGUUUCUACCCCAAUGAUGCGCCCUCUGUGAAGGUCGAGACGUUGUUUCAAUUCCCCAACAAUGGCUCGUGGAUCGACAACUUAGCUUUACGCUCUGACGGGAGUGUCCUCCUCACACGCUUGGAUACGCCCGAAGUCUGGUCGGUAGAUACUACCACCGGAAAUGCGACACUGGUUCACUCGUUCGCGAAUGCGACCAGCUGCUUUGGAAUCAGCGAGAUUGAUGAUGAUGUCUUUGCCGUCGUCGUGGGCAACUUCUCCACGUCGACGUACCAGCCGACCCCUGGGUCCUUUUCAGUUCAACAGCUGGACUUUAAGAAUGUUCAGUCGACCAACAACGAGGAGGGAACCCAGUUGGCCUCGGUCUCCCACAUUGCUGCUCUCCCAGAGGCCCAAGCUUUGAAUGGCAUGGCCACCUUCACCAAGGAGUCGCAUCUGGUGUUGAUCGCGGACAGCCCCAAGGGCGUGGCGUGGAAGCUCGACACCCAGACCGGUGAAUACUCCAUAGCUCUCAAUGAUACCACCAUGCUCCCUGCCGAGGGCCAGGCUCUGCCACUAGGCAUCAAUGGCCUUAAACUGGUGGAUGACUAUAUCUACUACUCGAGCACGACCCGCAUGCAGUUCGGCCGUGUCAGGGUCAAUCAGGAUGCAUCCCCGGCCGGCGACUACGAGAUCAUCGCCAGUGGAUUCCUCCCGGAUAACCUGGACGUGGCCCCGGAUGGCACUGCAUACAUUGCGACUGAUCCGCAGAACUCGGUUGUUCGCAUCACGCCGUACGGUCAGAUAUCUCUCGUGGCUGGUGGUCAGCUUUCCACUCAGAUGCCGGGUCCUACCUCCUGCCGGUUGACCGAUGAUGGCAAGACGCUGUACGUCGGUACGAGUGGAGGUCAAGUUGCUCCCGUGCUGGGUACGUUCAUGGAGCCUGCCAAGGUGGUGAAGAUUACGUUUGAGUAGAUUGGUUAUGUAGAUACAGAGGGGUUAGAUUGAUGGGUGUCACAUGUAUAAGUGAGCAAUAAUGUCAGCUUAGGAAGUGAUGCAGUC